AUGACGCUGAAAAAACGAAUUGCAGUAACACUGCCGGCAGGACCAAAUAUACAAGACACCGUUGAUCGGCUGAAAUGGGCGGAGGACAACGGUUUCCCGGAUGCCUGGUUCAGCGAUUCCGGCGCCCCGGAUACCAUGACGCAGAUCGCCGCGGUGGGUCACCACACCAAAAACAUACGCAUCGGUGUGGCGGUAACCCCGGUCUAUACGCGCUCACCUUCCGUGAUUGCAGCAUCUGCCAACGUGAUCAGUCAGGUGAUUCCGGGUCGCUUUGUGAUUGGUCUGGGUUCUUCAAGCCAGACGAUCAUGGGCCAAUGGAACGGCAUUCCGCUGGAUAAGCCGCUGACCCGCGUCAAAGAAACCGCGCAGUUAGUGCGCACCAUGCUGAAAGGGGAAAAAACCGACUUUGACGGCGAAACCCUUUACAGCCGUGGAUAUCGGCAAGCCCCCCUGGAAAACCCUCCACCGAUCUAUCUGGCUGCUCUGCGCCCGAACAUGAUUGAAAUGGCGGCGGAAGUAGGAGAUGGGGUUAUUUUCAAUCUGUGGCCCAAAGGCGCGCUGCCAAAAAUGAUGGAACACAUCAAAAUUGGUGCUGAAAAAGCAGGUAAAAACCCUGCGGAUGUUGAGAUUGUGAACCGGGCGAUGGUGCUGUGUACCGACGACAAAGAGUACGGCCGCAACCUCUUCCGUGCAGCAUUUGGUCCUUAUUAUGCCACGCCGGUCUACAACAAGUUCCUGGCCUGGGCGGGUUAUUCAGAGGCAGCCAAUACCAUUACAGAAGGCUGGGCAGCAAAAGACCGAGCCAAAACCAGUGGUGCGCUGACCGAUGAAAUGAUUGAUGAGAUCGGCAUUAUCGGUAACGAAGACGAAAUCCGUGCGCGUAUUCAGGAAGACGCCGACGGAGUCGGGAUCAUGGGAUAUAGCAAAAUUCUGGUAGAUGAUCCGCUGCCCCAUGUGCACCGGAUUACUUUGAAUCGCCCGGAGAAGCGAAAUCCCCUGUCCAAUGAGCUGCGGGCGGAACUGUUUGAUGCCCUGGAGACUGCGGAUCGCAAUCCGGACGUGCGGGUCACUAUUAUCCGCGGCGCUGGCAGCUGCUUCUCUGCAGGUUACGACCUGUCAUCCAACGUGGCAAAGGACCAGCCCUUUUACACGCCGGGUGGUCUGGGAAACUGGCCACGGCAUGUUGUUGAGGGUUUUUUCCGUAUGUGGGAUAUGGCAAAACCCAUCAUCGCUCAGGUGCACGGGUAUUGUCUGGCCGGGGGUACCGAACUGGCAACGGCAUGCGAUCUUGUUUACGUCGCCGAAGACGCCAUGAUCGGCUACCCGGUGGUGCGUUCGAUCAGCCCGCCAGACAAUCAGUUCUAUCCCUGGAUUGUCGGUUUGCGCAGGGCCAUGGAGCUGAUGCUGACAGGUGAUCACAUGACGGGUCUUGAGGCGGUGGAAAGUGGCUUUGCCAAUCGGGCAUUCACUGAGGACGAUCUCGAAGCAGAAGUUCUGAAAGUAGCCGAACGGGUGGCGAUGACACCUUCAGAUCUGCAACAGAUAAACAAGCGCGCGGUACACCGACAGAUGGACGCGAUGGGCAUUCGUGCAGCGUUGCGUGCCGGUACAGAAAUGCAGCAGCUGGCCACGUAUACCGCUACCACCCAGGCUCACCUUGCUGAGUUACGGGUGCAGCCCUCAGUGGCGGUCCUGGUUACGCUGGCCAUAUACCAGGGCCUGCUGCUUGGCUUAGGUUACUGGGCGCGCAGUCGCGCGCAGACGGCUGAAGGCUAUUUCAUUGGUGGGCGCACGCUGGGCCCGUGGGUUACGGCGUUAAGUUACGCUGCGGGUAGCUCUUCCGCCUGGUCUAUCCUGGGCGUAAGCGGUAUUGCUUUCAGUCAGGGUUUGAGUGCGUUCUGGCUGUUGCCUGGCACUCUUACCGGGCACCUCGUCGUCUGGUUCUGGAUUGCACCCCGGCUGCAAACGUUAAGUCACCAGCACCGCUGGAUUACCUUAACCGACAUGCUGGCGCAUCAGCUGCCGCAGAAAUAUGCGUCGCUCACUUAUCGACUCAGCGCCAUAGUCAUCCUGUUUUCUUUCACGUUCUAUAUCGCCGCGCAAUUCCAAGGUGCUGCCAAUACAUUCACUGCCGUAUUCGAUGUCGAUUUUUUAACAGCACUGCUCCUCGGUGCUGGCGUGGUGCUGGUUUAUACGUUGUGGGGUGGGUUCUGGGCGGUCAGUAUCACCGAUGCUUUGCAGGCGGCGCUCAUGCUGGUGGCGGCGCUUGUUUUGCCAAUUGCUGCCUGGCUGACUGUGGGUGGAUUCGAUGGCCUUGAAAAGGCGGCUGGUGCCCAAGGUGGCGGUUUCUGGAUCUGGUCGGGUGGCCACGAGGGUUGGUUCGCAAUAGGCUUUAUGCUGGGGAUGUUGAGCAUUGGCUUCGGCCCUCUGGGUCAGCCACACCUGUUGAAUCGCGUCAUGGCGAUGGCACGCAAACAGGAUAUCAAACUGGCAAGGGCGGUAGCGCUGACCUGGUUUGUGCUUGUGUUGAGCGGCAUGUUUGUACUCGGCUUGUGCGCCCAUGUGUUGCUGGUAGGGCCGCAGGUAGCCGAGCAGGUCUUCUUUCAGGUCGCUGAUCAACUGCUGCCAACGGUUGUUACCGGUGUGCUGGUUGCUGCAGUGCUGUCUGCCAUUAUGUCCACCGCAGACAGCCAACUUCUGGUUGCUGGCGCAGCGGUCGAUAACGAUUUGCGUAAAGCCGGGCGUCAGCCUGGACAGACGUCCCGCUAUUCCUCCCGUAUCGCGGUGCUGGCGGUGGCUAUUGCUGCGGUGUUGCUCGCCUGGAUGCUGCCGGAUUCGAUUUUCUCGCGCGUGUUGUUCGCCUGGAAUGCGUUAGGUGCCGGUUUUGGACCACCUGUUAUCGCGCGUUUGCUUGGCUGGCACAAUCAGCCGUGGAGUAUUCCAACAGCCAUCUUGAUCGGCUUUGGGCUUACUGUUGUGUUUUACAGUUUGCCAAAUGGUCCAGGUGAUCUGUGGGAGCGAGGCGGUGAUAUCCUUUGGCCCUUCGCGGCGUGUUGCCGUUUUGCGAGAGUGGGUUUGAAAACAGUUUACAUUGUGCGCCAUGGGCAAACUGAGUGGAACGUGGAAAACCGGAUGCAGGGGCGUCUGGAUUCGCCGUUGACUGAAGCAGGUCGCCAGCAGGCCAGUGCAAAUGGCGCCUUGAUAAAAACACUUGGGGGUGUUGAGCAGUUAUGGGUAUCCCCGGCCGGACGCACCACCGAGACCGCAUUUCUGAUUAACUCUUAUACCCAGGCAACGCUUGAUUUCGCUGAUGCGCUGCUCGAACGUGACUGUGGCGACUGGUCAGGUUUGACCCUUGCAGAGAUUCAAGAGCACCAUCCUCAGGCAUGGGCGAGCCGACAGGAAGAUCCCUAUUGGUUUACACCGCCCCAGGGUGAAUCGUUGCAGGAUAUGCUGCUGCGUGCCCACAGUUUUCUCGACGAACUAUUUGAUAGCGAAUGGGAGAACGUGGCAUUGAUCACUCAUGGGGUGAUGUCUAAAGUGAUUUUAAAAUUCUAUCUUGGCCUGUCUGAAAUCGAAUGCACGCGCACCCGGCAUCCAAAUGAUUUGGUCUAUCGCUUGACCUUCACAGCUCAGGACAUAGUGAGGGCAAUCUCACCAGCAAUGAAGGCAAUCGGGGGACAUAUGAAAGUAGAUGGUGGUGUUGGAUUUGAGCUCGACACAGUAGGCGCACAGGCGCAGGAACUGGAAGAGAUGGGUUAUGCAGGCAUUAUGACUGCGGAAACCUCCCAUGACCCGUUUUUCCCAUUGUUGGUGGCUGCGCAGAAUACCGAGAAAGUUGAGCUGAUCACAUCGAUUGCUGUUGCGUUUGCACGGACACCCAUGAUCAUGGCUAACAUCGGGCAUGACCUGAACGCCUUUUCAAAAGGUCGCUUUGUCCUGGGGCUGGGCUCCCAGAUCAAACCGCACAUUACCAAACGCUUCAGCAUGCCCUGGUCCAGCCCAGCGGCACGAAUGCGUGAAUAUAUACUGGCCAUGCGCGCCAUCUGGGCCAAGUGGCAUGAAGGCACGCCACUGGAGUUCACCGGUAAGUUUUAUACGCAUACACUGAUGACACCGAUGUUCACCCCAACAGAUGUCAGUUACGGCGCGCCUAAGGUCUUUCUGGCGGCAGUGGGCCCGAUGAUGACUGAAGUGGCUGGCGAAGUAGCCGACGGCAUGAUUGUGCACGCUUUCACAACCGAAAAAUAUUUGCGCGAAACAACGUUGCCAGCGUUAGAACGAGGGUUUGCCAAGUCGGGUAAAAAACGUGAAGACUUUGAAAUCAGCUAUCCGGUAUUUGUUGUGACAGGCAAAACUGAAGAAGAAUUGGCGGCGGCACAAUUGGCCACCUGUAAGCAGAUCGCUUUUUAUGGGUCUACACCAGCCUACAAACCUGUGCUUGACAGCAUCAAUGCGGGAGAGCUGCAGGGCGAGUUGAAUAUGAUGUCUAAACAGGGUCGUUGGGACGAGAUGGGUGAACUGAUUACGCCAGACAUCCUGAAGGAGUUUGCCGUGAUUGGCGAGCCCGAUACGAUUGCCGGGCAGAUCAAGGGUCGUUAUGGCGACCUCAUUGAUCGUAUUGGUAAUCAGUUGGACAAGAUCCCUGAUACGGUGAGAAAGAUGGAGGCGGCAGGUUACGACGGCGUGCGCACAGCGGAGAUGAACCACGAUCCCUUCUUCCCGCUGUUACUUGCGGCUGAACACAGCAACAAGCUCGAGUUGGCAACGUCUAUCGCUGUUGCGUUUGCGCGUAGCCCGAUGAACCUGGCCAAUAUUGGCCAUGAUCUGAAUGCCUACUCAAAAGGUCGCUUUACCCUGGGUUUGGGUUCGCAGAUCAAGCCACACAUCACCAAACGUUUUUCCAUGCAGUGGGGUGCACCCGCAGCACAAAUGCGUGAGUUGGUGCUGGCCAUGCGAGCCAUCUGGUCCAACUGGUACGAAGGUGAUCCGUUAGAGUUUGUAGGUAAGUACUAUCAGCAUACCCUUAUGACACCUGCGUUUACGCCGGAAGAUAAGAACUAUGGCGCGCCGCGUGUCAUUCUGGCUGCGGUUGGUCCAAAAAUGACUGAGGUUGCGGGUGAGGUGGCGGCUGAAUUUGCGGCAAGCAAAAAAGCAGCGCAGGAGCGUAUUGCCUUUUACGGUUCUACACCCGCUUAUAAAGGCGUGCUGGAGUCUAUUGGUUGUGGUGAACUUCAGGGUGAGCUGAACGCAAUGUCUAAACAGGGUCGUUGGAAAGAAAUGGGCACCCUGAUUACUGACGACAUGCUUAACGAAUUUGGCGUGGUAGGUGAACCGAAAGAUAUCGCGCCGCAAAUGCUGUCUCGUUAUGGCAGUUUUGUUGACCGAACCAGCGCGUCUUUCCCCGUGUCUGAUGAAGAGCAGCGCGCAGGCAUUAUUCAGGCGUUGCGCGCGGGCUAUGAGCGCAUUGCGUUUGCUACACCAGCUGCAACCAGCCGGUUAAUCAGACAGAACGAAGUGGCUCAUUUCGGCAAUCGCGUGAGUGAUGCUUUUGGCAUUCAGGACAGCGUUGCUAACGAGUUUGCUGAUUGGAUCCUUGAGGCUUCAGAGCGGCAGGGCAUCAAGCCUGAACUGUUGGCAAGCCUUGUUGUUACAGAAAGCUCCUUUCGCAAAACUGCGCAAUCCCAUGUAGGUGCCAUUGGUCCUGCUCAGGUCAGACCUGAAUACUGGGGUGAAUUCUGCGGUGCUCGUGGCCAGCUUCACGACCCCGAACAGAAUGUUUACUGUGGCGCGCAGAUCCUCUCUCAUAUGCUCGAUCGUUGCGACGGAGACAUGAACUGCGCGUUGGCUGCUUACAACGUGGGGCCUUACGCUCGUGAUCAUCGCAAUGAGGCGGCUUCCCGUUACGUGCAGAAAAUUGAUAGAUAUCUGACCACGCUCGAAGGGCAUGUGAUGACACAGUUUGGUUUGUUGAUGUUUCCGGCGGACUACGCCGUUCGCCCUGAUACGCUGGCUCGGGAAGCAGAAGCAUUUGGCUUUGAGUCACUUUUUUUCCCUGAGCACACCCACAUACCAACCAGUCGGCGCUCUCCGUGGCCUGGCGGCGCAGAGCUGCCAAAAGAGUAUUGGCACACCCACGACCCUUUUGUCGCUCUGAGCGCAGCAGCAAGCGUCACACACAACUUGAAGGUAGGUACCGGUAUUGCCCUGGUCACCGAGCGGGAUCCGAUUCUGAUGGCCAAACAGGCGGCCUCACUGGAUCAUCUCAGCAACGGACGCCUGUUGCUUGGCGUUGGAGCAGGAUGGAACGCGGAGGAGAUGGCCAAUCACGGUACCGAGUUCUCCGAUCGCUGGAAAAUACUGCGCGAAAGAGUUCUGGCCAUGCAGCAGAUCUGGACUCAGGAAGAAGCUGAGUUUCACGGCAAAUUUGUUGAUUUUGAAAAGCUCUGGUCGUAUCCCAAGCCUGUGCAGGCGGGUGGGCCGCCCAUUUUACUGGGUGCCUCAACCAAGUAUGUGUAUAAACGCAUUGCUGAAUAUGGUCAUGGCUGGUUCCCGAUCUAUCAGAAUCCUGCGCGAGCUUCCGCCAGUGGUGCCGUGGACUACAAGGCGGGCAUAGAGCAGACCAGGGCAGCGUGGUCAGAGGCAAAACGAAGUGGUGAACCAGAUUUCAGUAUUUUUGGCGUAGGCCCCGAUGUCGCGGCCAUUGAAGGUCUGAUUGAAGAUGGUUUUAACCGCGUCAUUUUCGGCUUACCGCCUGCAGAUGCCGAUACGGUACUGCCGUUGGUGGAACAGUACGCUGCAAUCGCACAUCAGUUCAACAGCUGA